GCGCGCUCACACGUAUGACGUUCCCACGUGAUUGUGACGCACAAACGAGUGAUUCCAUUUGCUUGUACCAGACAGAUUUUUCCACGAAAGCAUCAUACGUUCGUUGGAAUUAAGGUGACAAUAUGGACCAGUGUGACAGUUCUAAAUCUGGAUCUUGCGACUGCGGGCAAAACUGCAAAUGCACCGACUGCAAGUGCGCACAUACCAAGAAAAGUAGCGGCAGUUGUCCAUCUGUAUGCAGUAAGGACAAGAAGGGCUGCGAGAGCGCGUGCAAGGACAAGGAGAAAUCGUGCGACACACACUGCUGCAAAUGAUAUGUGCUGUGUUCCUUUAAUAAUAAAACAUACAAUUCUGUCGUGUA